AUGACAUUUGCGAAAAUGGACACAGGCUCAAACAAGCCUAUCAAGAAGGUCGGAGAUGUUCAACAUGACGAGGACCCGGUCUACGAAGAUGAAAAAGCAUGUCGACAAGCUCAAAUUCGGGAAACCACUCGAUGUGAGCGCGAGAUGCCCAUCUCAACUGCGUUCCGACUGUAUUCAAAAGCCGUUGGUUGGUCCAUCCUGCUGUCCACGGCAGUGGUUAUGGAAGGCUAUGACCUGCUUCUCAUCACCUCUUUCUUUGCACUAGAUCCGUGGAAGAAGAAAUAUGGAGUUCUCCUGGGUGAUGGCACGUACUCCGUUUCCGCGGCUUGGCAGUCAGGACUCUACAAUGGUGCUGCCGCAGGCGAAAUCAUCGGUCUCUUCCUCAAUGGCUUCAUUGCCGAGAGGUUUGGCUAUCGCAAAACAAUGCUUGGGGCACUGGCGUUGAUCACUGGUCUCAUUUUCAUCCAGUUCUUUGCGCCGACGGUGGAAGUCCUCCAGGUUGGCAGCGUUUUGAUGGGAAUUCCAUGGGGUGUUUUCCAAACACUGCCGGUAUCAUAUGCUUCCGAGGUGUGCCCUGUCGCUCUCCGUGGCUUGCUUACGACCUACAUCAAUAUAUGCUGGGUUAUGGGCCAGCUGUUAGCCUCGGGCGUCCUGAGAGCCAUGCUGGGAAGGGACGAUCAAUGGGCCUACCGUAUCCCAUACGCAUUGCAAUGGAUGUGGCCAGUUCCCCUUAUCAUUGGCAUCACCUUUGCGCCCGAUUCGCCGUGGUGGUAUGUCCGACGCGGUGACAAAGAAGCGGCUAAAUCUGCCCUCCGGUCAUUGACGUGCCGAAAUGUGGACGACGCCGUCGACAUUGACGCUACUGUGGAGGUCAUGGCUUAUACGAACGAGCUUGAACAAGAAGCAAGCCAGGGUGCGACAUAUGUGGACUGCUUCAGGGGCUACAACCUACGACGAACCGAAAUCGCUUGCCUUACUUGGGGUAUUCAAAAUAUCUGCGGUACAGCUUUGAUGAACAAUUCUACGUAUUUCUUCCAGCAGGCUGGGAUGGAUACUGCCAAUGCUUUCAACCUGACUAUGGCACAGUACGGCAUCGGUUUCAUCGGGGUUUUCCUCGCCUGGACACUCAUGAUUCGUGUCGGCCGUCGCCAAUUGUACCUUUGGGGUUUGUUUACUCUCUUGUUGCUGCUUCUCGGUAUUGGAAUCUCAGGCGUUGGCGGCCCAGGCAACAGUUCCGCUUAUUGGGCCUCGGGUGCACUACUCUUGGUACUCUCCUUGUGCUACCAGGUUACUGUCGGAACAGUAUGUUACUCCAUCGUCUCGGAAGUUUCUUCUGUUCGACUUCGCGCCAAAAGUAUAAGCUUGGCUCGGAACCUUUAUAACGUCUGCUCCAUUGUCAGCGGAAUCAUGGCCCCGUAUAUGAUUAACCCAACUGCCUGGAAUUGGAAAGCCAAGGCUGGUUUCUUUUGGGCCGGCUCUUGUCUUCUUUGUUUUGUUUGGACAUUUUUUCGUUUGCCUGAAACCAAAGGACGGACUUUUGCGGAGCUUGAUAUCCUUUUCGAACGAGGAGUAAAUGCCAGGAAAUUUGCGAAUACCUCAGUUGAUCUUUUCUCUCAUGCGAUUCAUGAGGAAGAGAAAGAGGGGGAGGUCCACAGAAGCUAG